AUGAGUAUCUUUGAAUGGUUAUCAAAAGGAUUGUUACCACCGAAACCAGAUCCUAGAUUGGAUACAUUUCCUUUAAUGUCUUCAUGGACUCCUACAGCUUUAAUUACAUUAACUUAUGUUAUUGGAGUAUAUGCAUGGAAAGCUGAAUGUUUGAAAAGACAUAAAAAUCAACUUAAAAACAAAGAGGAGUUUAAUUCUAUGAUGAAAAAUACUAAAACAUCAUCGAAUAACAUGAUUAAACAACUUAUGAUUCUAUAUAAUGUGAUAAUGGUUAUCUAUUCUGCUGUUAUCUCAUUCAGCACUAUGUGGGCUGUAUAUAAUUUGGGUUAUGGAUUAGGUUGUGCAGAACUACCAGAUCCUAAUGAUAAAAGAACUGAUAUACUUGUAUGGGUUGGAUAUUUUUUCUAUGUUUCUAAACUUGUAGAAUUAUUAGAUACUGUUUUUUUCUUAUGGCGAGGUAAAGUUGAUCAAGUCACAUUUCUACAUGUAUUUCAUCAUGCAACUAUGCCACCAUCCAUUUGGUGGGGAGUAAAAUAUGCACCGGGUGGUAUGACAUUUAUGUUUCCAUUGAUCAAUUGUUUAAUUCAUGUUGCUAUGUAUACUUAUUAUGGAUUAGCAGCUGCUGGUGCCAAUCGUUAUUUAUGGUGGAAAAAUUAUUUAACAUUAGCUCAAAUGAUUCAAUUUAUUAUUUUUAUCCUUCAUCAAGGUCAAAUCUUUCUACAAUCUACACCAUGUAAUUAUCCUAAAAUAUUCCCAGCUGCUAUUGUAUUAUAUGCUACAGUAUUUUUAAUAUUAUUCUCUAAUUUCUAUAUUAAAGCUUAUUGGCAUAAACAACGAUUAGCUAAAAGUUUAGAGAAACGUCAACAGCAGAAGCAGCAACAACAACAACAACAGAAUGUUCAUUUCAUUGAUACAAUACAACAUAAUGGUGGACAAUUGUUUCAUGAGAAGAAUGGUACCAUUAAACAAAUGAAUGAUUAUGAUAAAUCUUAUAUAAAUAAGUCAACAUUACAUAAAAUUGAUUAA